AUGCAUAUAAAAUCACCUGAUCACAGUAAUGCAAUGACUAAAGCUGACAAAUUCAUGAAAAUAUGUCAAAAUCAAGAAAAAAGUGUUGUUGAGUUUGGCUCGAACACUUACAGAAACAAAGUGGAGAAAAAUAAGAAAGCCUUGACAUCUAUUGAUAAAACAAUAGUUUUGCUGGGAAAACAAAACAUAGCCUUUCGUGGCAAAACAGAAGAAAAAAGUAACGUCAGAGCUUUGAUAAAUUAUCGCGCUGAAGUAGACAGUGAUUUGCACGACCAUCUAGCAAAUUCUCCCAAACAUGCACAGUAUUUAAGCCCCUCUAUUCAAAACGAAUUCAUACAUAUAUGCGGCAAUCAGAUUUCGGACUCUAUCGUGCACCGUUGCCAAGAUGCGAGGUACUUUUCUAUUCUUGCAGAUGAAUCUGCUGAUGUCAGCAAUACAGAACAGUUUGCUUUUUGUCUGCGUUAUAUUGAACGUCAGAGUUCCGGGAAGCAUAUGCUCCACGAGGAUUUUCUUUCAUUUGUUCAGACAACAGAAACAACAGGUGAAACACUACACCAGUUGCUACUAGAUGAAAUACACAAACACAACCUGAACCCAAACUUUAUCGUUGGACAAGGUUACGACGGUGCUGGGAACAUGUCCGGUUGUCACCGUGGAGUGCAGGCAAGAUUUUCUGCAGAAUUUCCAAACGCAAAGUAUAUUCACUGUCGCAACCACCGUCUAAACUUAGCAAUAUGUCAUGCUUGCAGGGUAGCGUUUGUGCAGUCGAUGUUUACCGUUGUUGGGGAUGUAUUGUUUUUUAUCACAAGUUCUCCGAAACGUCUCGGAGUUUAUAGCUCUCAUAACGAUGACGGAGAAGCCUUAAAGAAGUCCUGCCCAACACGGUGGUCUCAGCACUCGGAAAGCAUCACUGCUUUCUAUACCCACUUCAAGUCAAUUCUAGAAACACUUACUGACCUUCAAGUUGGCAUGGACACCAAAACAAUGUCCACAGCGUCAAGCCAUCAAAAGGCUGUCCUGUCUUUUGACUUUGUUGUCGCUUUGUGUUGCGUCAGCGGUCCCUUAGAUACAUUGACUCCUUUGACGGAUUCAAUGCAAGACCCUCAAUGUGACUUGGUCAAAGCAACACAGCAUGCUAAAGUUCUUCAUGGGUUGCUGGCCGAGAGACGCAAUGACAUUGGGUAUUUUGGAGGACUUUGGGAAAAGGCUGUCGCCUUGGCAACUGAGCAUGACAUCAAUGUCUGUCAGCCUCGAGUUGCUGCAAGGCAACAACACAGGAAUAACAUAGCCGCAGAAACCCCAAAGGAAUAUUGGAGGUUGAAUAUGUUUGUACCAUUCAUGGAUCACCUUUUGUCCCAACUGCACGACAGACUGUGCCUCUCGACAACAAGACGUAACGCUCAGUAUCUAUUGCCAACAAAACUUCGGCAACUUUCGCCCGAAAUGUGGGCCGAUAUCAAGCAGGAGUAUUCUCCGUUCAUAGAUUGCCAGGCAAUAGAUACUGAACUUGACGUCUGGAAGAGAGUUGCAGCAGAUUCGCCGAUACAAGGCUUGGCAGAGGCAGUUGAUGAAACAUAUCAACUAUACCCAAACAUACAUGUUGUGCUGAAGAUCCUCCCGACAAUGCCAGUGUCCACGGCCUCUGCUGAAAGAUCAUUUAGUAGCCUUCGCCGCCUUAAAACUUAUCUAAGAAAUAGGAUGACCGAGGAACGGCUGACUGGACUCGCUCUGAUGCAUAUCCAUCGCAAUCACCAGAUCGAUAUCGACCAGGUUAUACGUGAUUUCGAUGUGUCUAGGCAUCGACGAAUCGCACUGGUUUUUGAUAAUUGAGGCAAUAACAAAAUCAGAAGCAUGCAGAGAAAGCAAAGAAAAAUACUUCUGUCUACAUAAAAACAACACUAAAAAAAAACAAUAAAAAAAAAACGUCGCGGGGACAUCUAUGAGAUCAAAUUAUGUACUCAUCACCGCCUGAUGAGACCUAUUGGAGAGGUCGAAACGUAUUUUUUCCUACAAUAGGAGAGAUCGUGUUUGUAUACAAAUCCGUUGUAUAUUCUAUUUUUAGAACUGAUAAGACAAAGAUCGGUGGGCAGACGCCGAGCGUCCAUGUUUUUUUUGGUUAAAAGUGAUGUUUUUCUAACAACUUAAACUUUCUUAAAACACAAACGAUGUCAAUAUUUUUUUUUUGAUCAGUGGAAAGAAUAUAAAACAAACAAUUUAUUGAUAACUUUUAUAUAUUAAAUUGAAAAUUCCGAUCCCAUACACAAACGAUGUAAAAACAUUUUGUUUUGCCCACCGCCAGAUAAACAUGUGUUGAUGCGUGACGUCAGGGCGAUCUCUCCUAUUGUACUUUAAUCAUUUCCUUUUUUGACAACAUUAUAUCUCGCUAUAUGCGUUUCUUAAAAUGCACCAGAAUGCGUCUUUUCAUGUUCUUUUUUUCAAAAUUUUCCCGGGGGAG